AUGGCCCGGCUGCGUGUGCUGCUCCUGGCCGCCGCCCUCGGUGCGCUGCUCAGCUUCGCGCUCCUGGCCGCCGCGGUCGCCAGCGACUACUGGUACAUCCUGGAGGUGGCGGACGCCGGCAAUGGCAGCGCCGGGCCCGGGCGCGCAGAGCUGCUCUCCUCGCACUCGGGGCUCUGGCGCAUCUGCGAAGGGCAGAACAGCUGCAUCCCGCUGGUUGACCCUUUCGCCAGUGAGAGCCUGGACGUCUCCACCUCGGUGCAGCACCUCGUCUCACUGCUUCCACCGCCCCUGCAUCUCCAAGAGGACGUUUCCACACAGACCUGUCCCAGUGCUGUGCUACUGUGCCUAACCACAGUGCUGCACCGAGCAGUCAUGGUGGUCCUGCCCCUGAGCCUGGUCCUUCUCGUGUGCGGCUGGAUCUGCGGCCUGCUCAGCUCCCUGGCCCAGAGCGCGCCUCUAUUGCUCUUCACCGGCUGCUACUUCCUGCUGGGGGCUCUGACUACAUGCCGAGUGCUGGCCAAGUGCUCCUCCGAAGCUCCUCAACACGGAGCAGCUGCCCGCCCCAUCUCUCCCCCAGGUGUCCUGACCCUGGCAGGGGUCAGCAUCUACAUCAGCUACUCGCACCUGGCCUUCGCGGAGACGGCGCGGCAGUACGGCCCACAGCACGUGCAGGGCGUCCGCAUCAGCUUCGGCUGGUCCAUGGCCCUGGCCUGGGGCUCCUGUGCCUCAGAGGCAUUCAGCGGAGCCCUCCUGCUCUCAGCCGCCCGGACCCUCAGCCUGAGCCCCCCACUCUGUGGUCAUCUGAGCCCCCAGCAGGUGGGAGGGAGAGGGGGAGACUGAGGCCCAGAGCGGCAGAGGGACCCACCCAGAUCACCUAGCACCAGAGAGAUGCCAUUUCAGGCCAAGGCUUCCCUGGCCUCGUUCUGUCCACUCUCCCUGGAGGGCCAGCUUGGUGGAGAAGAGGCUGAGAGGGCCCAAGAGCUCCCUCUGACUUACAGGUGUGGGGGGGCGAGGAGCUGAGCCAGCCAGAUGUGCCCCUCCGUCCGCUCCCUUGUUUUCAAGCCUGCCAGGUACUUUUCACUGAACGCUUCUGGGGAGAGCAGGUGCCCAGGUCUCUGUCCUUGUCCUGGCACAGGCUCUGCUGCUUCUGGCCCCUGACCCUUCCUCUCUGCAGCAACCUGGGGGAGGUAUGCCAUUGUGAGUGCCCUGGUGGGCACACUGAGCUGGCAGAGAUGGAAGUCCCAGAAGGGUGGCAUGGGGGUGUCAUGCCGUGGUGGAGGAGUUUGGGGCCACUCCUUGCUUGCUUCAAAGGGGGCCUGGCUGAGGGGACUUCUUGACCACAGGGACCCGGGCUGCCUGGGGUGGCGCAGGGCUGGGCCUGGAGUUUGGGAUGCAGACUUGUUAAACAGAGGGCAGAACCCCAGGUUGGGAGGGGCUCAGCUUGCAGGCCCAGGCCCACUGCAGGUCCCAGGGAGAGAUAGGUGAGAACAGGGAUGGCCAGCACACACCUGAGUCCCCUUAGACCACAAAAGCUGGGGCACGCCCACCAUUAUGCAGAUGGACAGUUGAGGCGGCCGCAGGAGAAGGGUUCCCAGGGUCUGUGCAACAUGUGGAAGCAGUAAACAGCCCCGUUUGGGGUUUGGGGGCCCUUCCCGAGUCUUGAGAGCUGUGCUGGGGAAGGUGGCGGCCUCUCGUAGCUUGAUCGUUUUCCUCCCUGCCCCACCCCGAGGUCUCCUUAUUGAUUCAAAGGUUAAGGAAGCUCCUGGGAGCUUGAGGCGGUGGCAGAGUUUUGGUGAGGCCCAGUGAGGACCAAUCUGGGCGGGGUGAGCCCGGCCUCCUCUUCCUCGCGGCGUUUGAAUGUUUACCAUUCCAUGUGGGAACAUCGUGCCUAUUUGUUCUUACGUAAAUCACUUGUGCUGUGUGCAAUAUAAGCCUUUUAUUUUGCUAGAAUUUUUCAAAAUGGUAACACAUUCCCGUCUGUCAUAAACAGUACAAAGGUGAGCAAACACUGUCA